UUUUAUUUAUUAGUCGUCCAACAUGAAGAGGAUAGUUGGUGUGGGAGUACCCUUGGUGCUGAUCUUGGCCGUCUCCGCGUUCCUAAUCCUGACUGCGUCAAAGAAGGACCCAUUGUCUGAACCCGGACACCGCGUCAUCAAACGGUCCCUACCAUUGCCAGAUGAACUCCAAGAUGCCAUUCGAGCAGCAGCUGCUGAAGACGCCCCUGCUUACGUUAAGGACAAACGCUUCCUCCCGGCCAUUGCGAACCUUGCUGGAAAACUUUUAUCAUCAGGAGGGAGCUUCGAUGCAGGAAAACUGACCGACACAAUAAAUCAACUGGGCGGCAUGGAGAACAUGGGACCGGACAUCAUGGCGCAAAGUGUGAAACAGGAGGCUGAGGUCGAGGCAGAAGUGGAAAAAGAGGUGGCCCAGGAAACGGUCGAUAAGAUAUUUGGAAAAGCUGAACAUGAAAAGAAAGAAGAUGAUGAUGAUGAUGACGGUGGUGACGGCCAGGAGCAUGACAUAAAGGCUGAAGUAGACUUCAUUGCACAGAAGGGCAUGGUUGAGGAUGACAUGUUCGCUCCACCAGGGAUGGAGAUGAAAAUAGACGUGGAGGAAGACCCCGGGGAGGAAAGCGAACCCGAUGAAAGUUCCGAACCAAUGGCGUUCUCUUACCCUGUGGGGAUGGGUCCUGCUCUGAUGAACGGAUGUUUCGGAACAGGAUACGUAGAGGGUGAUCCAUGCUGGAACAAGAUGGAUGUCAUCCCAGUCUGCUGGAACAUGAUGGAGGGGUGUGCCUACAUCGGGGUCGGCUUUGAUGGUCGCGGAGACUACAGCAGCACGUCCAGAAGGAAAACAGUCGUGCAGCGGAACUGUAACAACGAGCGCUCGUACCACGACGAGGACGUACCGGACAACAUGAACGUUCACGGCAUCUUUGACACGGAUGUCGGCUCCGAGGUCUAUGAGUCCAAACAGGCUUAUCGUCAUUCCCUCCAGAUGAAAGCCGGAAUGUCAUUUUCCGGAUUUGGUUUCCAGGCUGCCGUUGAUGGGAAGGGGUCAUCAUCACAGAAGCAGUCCUUCAUGUCUCUUAUUCAGUGUAACGUGAUCAGGUAUGAAAUCUUCCUGGAUGAGAUCACGCCGGAUACCCUGAGCCUGCCCUUCCUGCGAGACUUCUUGUCUCUUCCGAAAAAUUUCAUCGUGGGGCAGGCAAAGCUUCAACGGUUCAUCAUCCGCUAUGGAACUCAUUUCAUCAAGUCGGCAAAGUUUGGCGGUUCCUUCAGGCUGUUUAAGACUCAAGAAGCCUCCAAGAGUGAAAGUCUCGAGGAUUUCUCCAUCCAGGCCCAGUCUUCUUAUAAUUCUCUUUUUUUCAACGCCGGUGGUCACGCUGGAAUGGGCUCGUCUGGUGGAUCCGCACAGUCUUCUAAGACUUCCAACACACACGUGACAGUAGAAGGAGGCGACCAGGAAGUUGCCUCCAUCGUAGCUGACUUCUACUCCACCGGCUUCAAAGACACCUUCACCGAGUGGCUGAAGUCCAUCCCUACAUACCCCAAACCCAUCGAGAUGUUCAUGGGCACCAUGUCGGAGCUGUUGGACAUGAACUACAAACUUCUCUUUCCCUUUGACAUCAGUGAUGCUGCAGACGGCUGCUUCAGUGAAAACCUGAAGACCGAAGAGAUCACAGGAAGAAAGUACUAUGAGGUGAAGAAGCUGGUGAACAACAGCAAUGGAGUGAUGGAACCUGCCACUGAGAAACGAUAUUGUGACUUCACGUCAGUGGACAAGUUUCAAGAAGGACUGGACAAGAAACGGCUCGCACUGGAAAGGGCAAUCGUUAUGUAUAUGGAAGAGGGACCAGUGCCCACCACGGAUUUCCGCCUAACGGGGGGCAAACCUGGAUGUACGACUGAAGACUUGGGCGUGAAGGGGGGUAGUUCAGGAACUACCUACCCAACAUGGCUGGAACUCAUCAAUGGGGAUACUUAUAAGAUCAUCUUUGAUAUUCCUGAAAACAUCAACGACGACAUUACGAAGAACACAGAGGCCUUUCUGGUUCAUGCCAGGGGAAAAUGGAAUUGUCACAUUGCCGGAGCACCAAUGCACAUGUACAACAGCCGUAACAAUGGCGGUAGUGGCGAUACCAACAACAAGAAGGUCUCCUGCUUUGGUUUUGUGAUGACAUACGAUGAAGCAUCCGGAACGUUUGAUGUCACGCCUCAAGACCAAGAAGCAUCCAAACAGGUUUUGGGAAACUUGCCACGCAACUACGCAAACUUGGAUGUUGCCAGAGCUGAGUAUGUCAGCCCGUUAGAGCACUCCAAGGCGAAGGGCCGUUCUUUAGCCAGUAUACUCGUGGCGCCCUGCACGGUGAAGUGGUCCAACUCUUACCAAAUCAAGCCCGCGGAGGAGGGAGGAAGGUGUCUGUACUUCGUUGCGGCGUCGUCAGGCGACAUAUUUGUGGUGUUCUCCGCCAUCCCGAGGGAUAAAAGCACCUGGUACCAUCUCCAGAUCAGUUACCAGGGUGUUGCGCUCUACAAGGGAAUGAAGCUGGUGAAAUACGAGGGAGCGAAGAGUGCCCGAAGUCUGGGUGACUCCAAACUGUUCCAGCCGUACUUCAUUUGCCUGGAGGAAGACAGGGCAAACCAGCGAACCUCCAUCAGAUAUGGCAUCGGCUCUGACACUUCCGAGAAAGGACUGAUCUACAUGGUCUACAAUGAUGCCGGACCACCAUUGGGCAUCCGUUUCUACUCCUUUGGCAGCGGGGAAAAGGACGUAGAGAUCAUGGACGCCCGAAUCAUCGAGGGAGAGGCACAGGGAGAAAUGGAAUGUACGGGAGGAACUAUCAUGAAGGAUGGGAAGUGUGUGGAAGACUGUCACCCAGAGUGUGACGGAUGUAUCCCCAUGUCCCCUGGAUCGAAGCUCGACACGGAAUGCCGCAGUUGUAAGCAAUUGUCUUUCGACAAGGGCGGUGGAGUUAUCCAGUGCGUCGCAGAAUGCCCAGCCGGUACCGAAGCAGCUGACGAUGGUGUGACAUGCGUAUGUAAGGACCUUGUCUUCCACAACGAUGACGGAAGUGUCCAAUGCGUCACGGCAUGCGGACUCGGUUUCGCACUGGCCUCCGAUGGCAAGACUUGCGUUGUGGCUAGUAAGUGGAGAAUUGACACAAAGUGUGGAAGGAAUGCUCCAGCCCCAGGAGCGAACCCCGGAUGGUGUGAUCCUAAUUCAAAUCGGCCCUGUUGUUCAGAGUACGGAUGGUGCGGGGCCACGACAAGUCACUGCACUUGCAGUAAAUGUGUUGACUAUCGCACAAAGAGCUAGACUAGAGGCCACUGCGGAGGCAAGCCCAGUCACGGACCUACGCCCUGUUGUGCCGACGGCGGUUGGUGAACAACACGGCGGGUCACUUCAUCUGCUGAAAGGACUACAGAAAGUCAUAAAUCAUCGAAUUUCUCUCGUUGAAUUGUCAUCAUUUACGUAUAUCAAGCAAUAACCGUUAUGUAUCGGCCUGCAAUCUGUCCUUGCAUUUGUCAGCCAUCAGCCAAUCAGUUACCAACCUAUCUAUUUUAUGUUAAUACUGGUGUCUAGAAUGCUAGCGCUGUCGUUCGAUGAUUAUCAGGGCUUUUAAUAAACGGGUUUGAUUAUGAAUUAGAGAUUGUUUACAUUUAUGGUGAUUCGUAGCUUAUAAUCGUAGCUUUGUUCUUAUUUGUUAAGUUAUAAUGUGUUUGAUAUACAAGGGACAGUCAGAAAGUAAUGCCAUAUUAGGUGCAUUUUUAAUAAAAUGUGUUGAAAUUUGGCACACAUGUAAAAGAACAUAUCUCCUUGUUUAUUGAGACUGUUAAUUUCAUCAAUUUGUUGUCCAAUUUCUACUGGCGAAUGAGUUGAUUUCAAGAUGAAGGAAGACACCCUUACUUUCUGACUUACCUUCGUAUCAUGUAAUGAUAAUAUGAUGUUAAUAAUGGGUAUGGAUGCGUAUGCUUGCCAGAUUUGGUCUACACCAAUGAAAGGUUUAUAGAUUGUAAGGUUUGUAUAGCCUCUACCAGGCUCCGUGGUAAAAAUAUAAUAAAUAUUUAUUAAAUAUGUAAAAUGACCCUAAAAAUAUAAUAAAUAUUUUCACCCUGUAACAUUAUAUAACAACUAGUUCUGUCGCCUAACACGUUUGUCCGUUUUGUAUUGUUGACACUAGGUGUAUUUUCGGCGGUGACGUUUUAUGAAUUUUUCGUGUUAUAUUUCUGAUAUUUUUAUCCACAAUAAAGUACAAUGAAUGUUGACCUGAACUAUUUGUAG